AUGGUAAAGAUCGAAUCAAACAUCUCCGCUAUACUCAUCUGCCCAAACCUUAGUUAUCUGGAAACAGUUGUGCAGUUGAUAUGUACAGGGGGAGGUGUUUUACACUCGUAUAUCAACCCCAGAGGUGUUGAUGUUGCACAAUGUCCACUGUCAGGUGGACCGUGUGAUCCUUUGGACGCUCCGGUGACUGUAAUCAACAGCACUCAGACUAUCUUUAACAUACCCAGUGUACAGAUAAAAGAUGUAGGGACAUGGUCGUGUAAACCUGGACGUGAAGCUCCUGGUACAUGUAAUCUGACUGCUGCAAAGACACCAACAUGCAACAUCACCAGUAAGGAGGACACUGACGACCUUGCCCAGUAUCAGGAGCUGACACUCACAGUGGACAUACAAGACUACUACUGUUCCACAGCCCUCACCUUCUCACUCCAGACCGGGAAUGUGACAACACUGCUGAUGGAAGCUGAUUCUGUAGCAAGUGUUUCUCACAACACUUUUUCAGUAACCAUGAAUGUGACGGCCUCCCACCUGGGGGUUGUAGGACUGGUAUUCAAUUGUCAUAACAGUCAAUUGAACCUAACCUGUGAUGGUCUGACUGAACUCAAGACUCCAACCUGCAGCAUAUCAAGUGACAAGGACACUGACAGACUUGCCCUGAAUGAAGAGCUGACUCUCUCAGUGGACAUUAUUGGCUACAACUGUCCUGUUGCAUCCAACUUCACUCUACAGACAGGGAACGUCCAACAAUUACUGAAUGUCAGUAGUGCCGGGGCUGGCAUUGAUCGUGCAACACCAACCUUUCAUGUGACCAAAACACACCUGGGUGCUGUUAGGCUGAUAUUCCACUGUCAACAGAAACACUGGAAUCUGACCUGCGAUGGCAUAACGAAACUCCAAACCAAAACAGCUGCUCUCCCAGAAAAUGAUGGACCAGCCACAGCCUCCACUCCAAUUAUUGCUGCCUGCGUUGUUGUUGCGAUAGUGUGUUUCAUCAUCGCCGUCAUCAUCAUCGUGUUUCUCGUCAAAAGAAAGCAGGGUAAACGGAGGGUCGCAGCCGGAUAUCCCACUUCUGACCACACUGUACACCAGGCUGAGGACAAUGUUGUAGUCGGCUCGGGAGGAUCUGCUUCUGGUGAUGAUCAACAAGGACCCGGAUUGCGUAUUAACCCUGUGUACAUCCCCACUACAGUAGGUGGCAGCCUGGAAUCCUAUAACGGCACAGUAACAACAGGGACAUCCACAGAGACAGGUGUGAUGGAUGGUGAUUACCUACAUCCUGAGGUGAUGGGAAACUAUCUUGCUCUUGAUAGAAAUGCUGUCCAGCCUACGAACAUUUAUGAACAUCUGAGAAUAUAUGAACAAAUUGCCAACAUGUGAAGUGAUGACAUUCUGCAACCAAACGGGUGUCUACUUUGUCUCACCUUGUACAAAUUGUAUGAAAUACAUGCCCAAAAUUGCAAAAGAUCACACGAUUAUAACCAUCACAUGAGUUUCAUAUUAUAAUUUAUAACUAAUAUUCAUCAUAAUUUGUCACAGAGGACAAAGUGUUGUUUAUUAAUCUGACCUCCAUGUCAGAAUGAUGAGAUCUGAUUGGUUCACGUGACCUCGAUAAGCUACUAUUUAUCCUGUCUGGGAGGGAAAUAAAUUGCUGAGUUGGUGAAUAUAUCCCUUGUCCCUUGUACCCCGCCACAAACCAACCAGGCUGCACGUUGAUUUCUGAGAGGGAUAAUAAAACCCUUAUACACUGCUACGAAGCAAAAAGAUGCACGUGUUUAAGGAGUCAGUGCAAAAUACGUAACACAACACAAGUUAACCUCAGCUCAAUUGAACAGUUGUUUUCUAUCAAUUUUUAAGGUGUUUUUAAUUAUUUCCCAAUGGCAGAUUGUUCGUUGUACGAGCGUAUCACUCGGCGUAUACAUGGUUUUAUUCAUCCGCCUCGUGGAAUAAAACCUAACGCGGGGCGCAUAAAACCACAUACACUCCUCGUGAUACUGCUACAUCUUAUUAUGAUCCACCCUUAUAUUAAACAAUGGGGGGCACGGGUGGCCUAGCCGUCUAAGGCGCCGCGAUUCGCUGUGCAGAAUUGCGUCCCCUGGGCACGCCAGAAACCUACGAUUGUGGUCUCGAAUCCCGGUUAACCCCGAAUAAUGUUUCUAAGUUUGGCAGCACGAUACCCGUGCUCGUGGGUUUCACCGGAGUGAGAAACGUCUAAGACGUGGAUCACUUCAUGUUUUCCUCCCACAUCAAGCUGACACGCCGUGAUAUAACUGGAAUACUGUUAAAAGCGGCGUUAAACCCAACUCACUCAUUCGCUCAAUCAAAUAAUAUACCAUAUCCCCCUGUCGUUCAUCGUGUCUUGAUACAUUUUGAAUUCAAAAACAGUUAAUUUGCCUGGCAUUGACAGAAUACAUGAUUUAUUAUUUGUUUGUAAUGGUAAACACUCUGAAAUAACCAAUCCAUGUUAUAGGAUUGUGAUGAAUAUGAUUGUUGACCCUCCUUCCAAUAUUAAGCUCUUGAACGAAAAGAAUGUCUGUCUUGUGGCAGCGUAUUGGGAAAAUUCUAUCUAUAAUACGUGGCUGCAUUAUGUUACCAUAGUGACAACUCUAUGAAGGCCAACUCAUCUUGGAAUUCCGUAUUCUGUGUUGUUGUUUUUUUACUUGAUUGCAAACAAAGAAGUUGAAAUUCGUACAGAUGCUGGUUAAUUCCUUACCUCACUAUGCCAGAAAAUGAAAUAUAAAUGUAUUCAGUUUACUAUUUUAUAAUGUAUUAACAUUCUAUGUAAUGCCCUUUGCCACAGGUUAAUAAAGCUCUUGUUUUUU